UCUCUUUAGGUUCCGCUGCGGCCGGCUUUUUCGUCCGCUGUAGCUGGUUCCGCCGCGCUCCAGGAGUUUUGUUCUGACAGAAAGAAAGCUGCUGCUUCAUAUGCUUGAAGAAUGGCACUCCCCAUCAUUGUGAAGUGGGGUGGGCAGGAGUACUCAGUGACCACACUCUCAGAAGACGAUACUGUGCUGGAUCUCAAGCAGUUCCUCAAGACCCUUACGGGAGUACUCCCAGAGCGCCAGAAAUUACUAGGGCUCAAAGUUAAAGGCAAACCUGCAGAAAAUGAUGUUAAGCUUGGAGCUCUCAAACUGAAACCAAAUACUAAAAUCAUGAUGAUGGGAACUCGUGAGGAGAGUUUGGAAGAUGUCUUAUGUCCUCCCCCUGACAAUGAUGAUGUCAUCAAUGAUUUUGACAUUGAGGAUGAAGUAGUUGAAGUAGAAAAUAGGGAAGAAAAUCUGUUGAAGAUCUCUCGCAGGGUCAAGGAGUACAAAGUGGAAGUGCUGAACCCCCCCAGGGAAGGGAAGAAGCUUCUGGUGCUGGAUGUUGACUAUACACUAUUUGAUCAUAGGUCUUGUGCAGAGACUGGGGUAGAGUUAAUGAGACCAUAUCUUCAUGAAUUUCUAACAUCUGCAUAUGAAGAUUAUGACAUUGUUAUUUGGUCUGCAACAAAUAUGAAGUGGAUUGAAGCUAAAAUGAAAGAACUGGGAGUGAGUACAAAUGCCAACUAUAAGAUUACCUUCAUGCUGGACAGCGCCGCCAUGAUCACUGUGCACACACCACGGAGAGGGCUCAUUGAUGUGAAGCCUCUUGGUGUCAUUUGGGGAAAGUUUUCUGAAUUCUACAGCAAAAAAAACACCAUUAUGUUUGAUGACAUAGGAAGAAAUUUUCUAAUGAAUCCACAAAAUGGACUGAAGAUAAGGCCUUUCAUGAAAGCUCACCUAAACCGUGAUAAAGACAAGGAACUGGUGAAACUCACUCAGUACCUCAAGGAGAUAGCCAAGCUUGAUGACUUCCUGGAGCUGAAUCACAAGUACUGGGAAAGGUAUCUAUCAAAGAAGCAAGGACAGUAGUUACCAGUUACACUCAGAGGUGAAGAUUCUUGAGAUCCGUGGACCUUUGUUUCUUUGCUAGGCAUCACCAUGAUUGUGCUGGACACUGAAGCAGAUGCCAGGCUGCCUAGCUGUGCUCUUCCAAUGCUUUGUACAUUUAAUUUUGUAUUUUUUUUUGAAGAUCAUAACAAAGUGCUUAAAAAAAAAAAAAAAAACCAAAACAAAAAGUUCUCUUCCCUCUGUGUUAAUUUACUCUUGAAGAAAUGUUCUCUGGCAUUAAUUAUUGAGGUGUCUCCCAAACCCUUUAAAAAUGCAAAAAAGAAAGGAAAAUGAAAAAUGGAGAAAAAUAUAUCUACAAGUGUCAUCUUGUGACCGUGGAAAUAAGUUUUGUCUUAUGUUUUUAUGCUUUUGUCUCCUCGUAUAAUCAGCUGCCUGAGUCUGAGACCAAAUCUCUCGUCAAACUAGUUAGUGCUUUCCCCCUUAAAACCAAAAGCAAAACCAAAAAACCCAGACCAGCCUUUAAGUACUGACCUGGUUUGUUAUGCUGAAAACUCCCAAGAGUUGUCCUUCCUCGUCACAGUUUCUCUUACUGCAGUCUACCAGGAAGAUCUUGAAGCUGGAGUUGUGUCAGUGUUCUUUAAGAAUUAAGGACAUCUGCAUGAUAAGGCUAUGCCCUAGAUGACAGGGUAACAAGCAGACUGAAAUAGCACUGCAGGACAAGAAUAUGUUUCCUUUUGGUGGCUAAGUAGAAGCAUUUCUGCCUAAAACUAGUCAUGAGCACAGCUUGCCACAGUAGUAAAAAGGCACCAUCACCAACUCCACUCUCAGAAGCAUGGAUAGCAUUUCUGCCUACUCCAGUUGGGUGUCAUUGUAACUGCUAACACCAUUGCAGCAAACAUCUAGCCAUAAGAUUAAAAAUACCUGUUACUUGCAAUGCUUAAGCCUGCAAAUAUGUAAUGUGACUAUUGUUUUAUGUUGACAGUAUUGCUUUAUACAGUUCUUGUAUUGAAGGGAAUUGCUCCUUUUAAAUGAACAUGGUGUACAUUGUUCUUAUGGGACUAUUUCAGUGGUGUAAAUAAUAAAUAUCUUUUCUUAAAAACA